AAUCCUUCCAAUUCGAUGUGAAUACGAGAAGUGGAGUUCGCUUCUGUUGCGAUGCUAUUCAGCCAAGAAAAAACACGGGCUGAUCGACUCUACAUACCUAUAUUGGAAUACAACUACCACCUAGUUAAAGGUCUAGUAUGGUAGUCAACUUAAAGCCUGGUGAUUUCCUCUUUCUGCUUUUCUCCAUUUCAUCUAUUCCGCACAGAUUACAGAACAUCUUAUCUCGUCGAUAUGCUUUCCAAAACAACUCUUUCUUUCUUGAUGGGCAGUGCCCUCUUCUUCACCCACUGCACCGCAUCUACCUACAACUCUCCUGUCCUCCACAGUCGUCAUGAACUUCAGGGUCGAUCUCCAGUGGACUCGCCUCUGGGUAAGAGGGCCAAAUGUAGCGACGGAUCGCAGUGCUUGAUCGGCCAAUGCUGCGGCGGUGGAUGCGCACCCAACUGCUGCGCGCAUGAUAAUGGAGGAGUCGGAUGCGGUAUUACAGAGCAGUGCUCGUUCAAGGGGAACGUUUUCAUUGGAUGCUGCAGUGAUGUGGCUAUAGGUGGCUGUACCAGCGAAGCGACCCGAGUCACCGUCCAUACCCCGUAUAGCACCGUCACUCUCCAGACCGGCGCUGCCGCCACGACUGCGGACGCUACAACCUCCACCUCUGAGUCGACUAGCGACUCAACUUCGGCCUCCCUCCCAUCUUCAACGGACAUGUCCACGACAUCUACCAGUACAGCUACAUCUUCCUCUGCAGCUGAGACAUCAGAAUCAGCCACUGCAUCGGAAAGCUCCAGUGCGCAGGCUUCUGAGACGAGUUCCGGGGGUGCGGCUCCCACCUCUGCGCCUAUGUUUUUCGGCGGUUCGUUGAUUGCCCUGGGAGCUUUGGUUUUGGGGUAGAUGGUAUAGAAUAGUUUACGUGUUUCGUGGUGACCAUCUGGUAAAAUGGGGUAUGCUAUGGUAUACUUACUGCUUUUGCUUUCUUUUUGAGGGCAGAGGGAACAAAUUACUCUAUGCGAUAUGAACCUAAUAUAAUAAUGAAUUUUCUUGUGGC